AUGGCUGGAAAACAAGAAACAAUUUCCUCGCCGGAAAUUAACGCCUGCAAGGUGAUGAUCAAGAGAAUGUUCUCCACUACCUAUAAGAAUAUUGCAUGGGUUUUCUACGAGCCACUGGACGCCCAGCUGCUGGGCCUCCACGAUUACCACGAGAUCGUCAGGGAACCCAUGGACCUCUCCACCGUGAGACAUCGCUUGAAUACGGGUUGCUAUCUCACUGCCGCGGAUUUCGCCAAGGACGUGCGGCUGAUUUUCUACAACACCUAUCUGUACACGAAUCCCGGUCACCUGUGCUACCACAUGGCCAAGCAGCUGCAGAUCAUCUUCGAGGAGAUGUACGCCCAGGUGCAGUUGUACACCUGCUCCCGUACAAAACGGCGUGCCGAGGAGGAGAGCUCUUCGAGCUCCUCGAAUGAAUCGGACUCAUCAUCGACGGACGACGAGGUGAGCAGCUCAGAGAUUUCCUCCUCCAUUAUGGAUGCGCCCCCCGAAUGGACACCGCCAGCAACCUUGGGAACCUCAGAGCAGCAGGAGCCAUUAACAACCGAGGAAGACCUGGAUCUGCACGCCAAGAUUCAGCAGCUGGACGGCGAGGUGCUGCUCCACGUAAUCCAUUUGAUCCAACGCAUGGAGAGCGCCGAGUACUGCAACAAGGAGCUGGAGGUCGACAUCUGCCAACUGAAGGUGCACACCAAGCGCUGCAUCCUAGAGUAUUUGGCCAGCAAGGGUUUCACCGGGAAAAGAGUGGCCCGCACCAAGCCCAAAUACAACUGAG